AUGCUUUCAUGGAGCCCUUUAGCAACUUACUGUGACUUACAAUGCAAAAUAUAUUUUCUACUUGUAGGUGUUUGUUCUGCGUUAAAGUUGACGGUACCAUCUCAUACUAUCCAUGGUAUUGAGGGGCAACCACUCCAUCUUAUUGUUAACUAUAAUUUCAACACUACGGCUUCUGAAGUCCAGAUUAUUUGGCUGUUUGAAAGGCCUCAAACUAAUCCAAAAUACUUGCUUGGCUCUGUAAAUCAGACGGUAGUUCCAGACUUGGAAUAUCAGCACAAAUUUACCCUCAUACCACCGAAUGCAUCUUUGAUGAUCAAUCCAUUACAUAUCAGUGAUGAGGGCAAUUACAUUGUAAAAGUCAAUGUCCGUGGAAAUAGGACAAUAGCUGCCAGUCAAAAGAUUCAAGUAGCUGUUGAUGUUCCUGUCACAAAACCAAUUGUACAUACUGAACCAUCUUCAGGGGUAGUGGAGUAUGUAGGGAAUAUGACAUUAAAAUGUACUGUGGGAAAAGGUACAAGGGUAGUCUACCAGUGGAUGAAAAAUGGCAAGCGUCUCCCUGCUGGCCCUAAUUACACCUUCUCAUCAGACAAUGCGACACUUUUAAUUCUUCCUGUUGUAAAAGAAGACAUUGGGAAUUACAGCUGUUUGGUAUCCAAUCCUGUCAGUGCAAUGGAAAGCGAGAUAAUUGCACCAACCAUAUAUUAUGGACCUUAUGGACUUAGAGUUAAAUCAGAUAAAGGUCUGAAGAUAGGGGCAGUGUUUACAGUUGACGUAGGAGAAGCUAUACUGUUUGAUUGCUCAGCUGAUUCAAAUCCACCAAAUACUUACUCGUGGAUUCAGAGGGCUGAUAAUACCACCCAUGUAAUCAAAUAUGGACCCCAUCUGGAAGUUACAUCUGAUAAAGUGGCCCAGAAGACAAUACAUUACAUGUGCCGGGCUUUCAACAACGUGACCGGAAAACGAGACGAAGCUCACUUCACAGUGAUCGUUACUUCUGUAGGAUUGGAGAAGCUGGCUCAGAAAGGAAAAUCUUUGUCAUCUCUUGCAGUAGUAACUGGAAUUUCAUUACUUUUGAUCCUAGUUAUGGCCUUUCUAUUCUUAUGGAAAAGAUACCAGCCCUAUAAAGUGAUACAACAGAAGCUGCAGAGUAGGCCAGAGACUGAUUACAGAAAGGCACAGACAUUUGCAGGACAUGAAAGUGCUUCAGAUGACUUUGGAAUAUAUGAAUUUGUUGCUGUUCCUGAUCUUGCUGGUGGAUCCAGGGUUUCCAGUCAAUCUGUUCCUGGCUCUGACUUCAUCUCAGGCCAGGAUAUGCUUAGUACAGUCUAUGAAGUUAUUCAACAUAUUCCUGAGCAGCAGCAGCAAGACCACCAACAGUAA